AUGUCCGUCCAACCCCCGGCGCCCCUCCCGACGAGGGCCGACACCGGCGCCGCGGUGAUGAACACCAGUAGCAACAGGAACAGCGUCGGCAGCAACGGCGUCAACGGCAAUACCAGCAACAGAAACAGCAUCAACAGCAACGGCGCCGGCACCAAGACCGACCCCAACACCAAAGACAGCAACAACAAUGCCAACCCACCCCAACACCCGUCGGUCAACUCGCUCUCGGAGGCCGCCCGCACGGCACAAGCCUUCUUCGAGGCGGCGCGCGCCUUCACAUCGUCGGCCAGCUUCCACGGCACGGCGGAGCUGAUCGACGAGAUCCCGCGGCUGCGGCGCGUCGCGGCCGAUAAGGAAAAAGAGCUGCGGGCGCUGUCGGCGGCGCUGGACGAGCAGCAGCAGCGCCACGCGCAAGCGCUGGCAGAUGAGCGUCGCGACCGCGACCGCAUCGGUUCCGCGUUUCUGGAGACGUACAACAAGGAGUACGAGCGCCACCGCGGCGAGAGCCGCGAGCUGGCGGCUAAGAUUGACGUGCUUGAGGCGGAAGUAAGGCGUCAGAAGGAGGAUAUCGCGCGGUUGCAUAAGAGUGAUGAGGAGUUGGUGAGGCAGGGGAGGCAGGCGCGCAGUCUGCUCGAGCAGGAGAAGGAGAAGUGCGAGAAGGCGGCCAAGGUUAUUGCGGACAUGAAGAAGGAUAUGGAGAAGCGCGCCGAGGUGGCGCGGAAGGAGGCGGAGAAGAAGGGCGCUGAGAUCGCGGGGCUGGCGGCGCAGUUGAAGAAGGCGGAGACGGAGGCGAACAAGGCCAAGUCGUCGUUGAUGACGUGCCAUCGCGAGAAUGAGGACUUGCAGAGGGACCUCGAGGACACGACCGAGAGGCUGGCCGAGUUGGAAUCGUUUGCCGAGCCGCUGAGCGAUGAGAAGUGGGAGACUUCGAUAUCUCUGCUCGACGAGCUUUGGCGCUCCGCUCAUGAUCUCAUCUCUUCUUACUUUAGGAAAGACCUUCCUAAAGAAAUCUUGGUUAACACCUAUGCCUGGAGCGAGAUCAAGAAACCGGAGGACUUCUCACACAACAUCCCACUUCCGCAGUCCAACUCUCAAUGCGCCAAAUCCAUGCGUAUCGCCGUAAUUCUUGCCAUCCUCGCUCGCCUCAUCGACAAAUACCUUUUCCAGCCGUCGUACAUCCUGCACGAGGAGAGUGGGCUGCGUGAGAUACUGAUACGGCAGGCCAUCGAGAACAGCAAGCGUGAAGCUUUCACGCGCGGCAUAUUCCUCGCCACGUUCGAAGACGAGCAGGCCGAUAUUGCGGACGAGCUGGUGACACGCAUCGUCAAGGAGCUGAUGCACCACAUUCACGACCUGCUGCCCGCAGUACACGUCGAAAGCUUCCGCAACCGGCUGGAGCAGAUCGUGCAAGACGCACGCGACAUCUGGUGGAAGGCCCAGCGCCUGCGGCUGCGGCUCGAGCCCGACUUCCAGGUCGAAGACUACGGCUGGGAGCGCCCCAUCCAGUUCCAAUUCGACGUCCACCCCCACAACACCGGCCUGCCACCGCCGGUAGCCAACAAGCAGACAGCGAAGGUCGACACCCCGCAACAAAGCCCACCCUCAUCCAAAGUCUCGCCGCAAACACCGACACCCAAAACCCCCAACACCGGCUCCUCCGCCGCCAUCACCCCCGGCAUGCCCGCCCCCGUCGCCCCCACCGCUCCGGGCCCACAACUCCUCUCCAACGGCGUCAUCAACACCGGCUCAACCACCACCAGCAGCACCGGCAACAACAAAACAAUCUUCACCAACACCAACCCCUUCGCCCUCCCCAUGACGGUCCCGCCCGACGAAUCCCUCCUCCUCAUCUUCCCGCGCAUCUACAUCGUCGAAGACGACGACCCGGAGCCCGUCACGCCCGGUGUCGUGCUCCUCCGCUCGCAAGCCGAAGACGCGGAGCGCGAGCUGCACCUCCAGCAGCAGAAGAACGCCUUCUCCAACGGCCUUGCCGGCGUCGGGCGUUCCGCGAGCCAUCGUGGAAGCGGCGGUAGUAAUGGGUUCUAUGCCGGUAACGGAAUUAUGAGGGUCGGUGGGCCCAGGCCGAGGAGAUUGAGCGUCCCGCAGAUGGAGGAGAUUCCGGAGGUGCCGACGCCCGCCGAGGAAAAGGUUUUGCCGCAGCAGCAACAGCAUACGCCGGCUGAUACAGGCGGUGGCGGUGGCGGUGGAGGGACUGUUGCUAAUACUACGAACACUACUACAUCAUCAUCCGUACCCGACAGCGAGAAGAAGGAUUUUUUAGGCGAAAGAGCUGGGGGGUGA